CGGCCCGCUCUCUCUUCUUCACCACUCACCACUCACAAGAUGCUCGCCUCGACAUUCUCCGGUCUUGGCGCUCUGCUGCUCGCCGGCCUGGCGGCAGCACAGACGCCCGAGUCGGCAUGCCGCAGCUCCAAUGGCUCGCAGCCCUUCGACGGCAUGUACCGCGAGGCCGCGCGCCCUCAGAUCCACUUCUCGCCGUCGUCCGGCUUCAUGAACGACCCGAACGGCAUGUUCAUUGCCAACGGCACGCACCACCUCUACUACCAGUACAACCCCAACUCGACGGUGGCGGGUAAUCAGCACUGGGGCCAUGCAACGUCGCCUGACGGCUACGAAUGGACAAACCAGGAGAUCGCGCUGGCGCCGGAGCGCGAGGGCCAGGGCAUCUUCAGCGGGUCUGCCGUCAUCGAUGUCAACAACACAAGCGGCUUCUUCGACGGCACGGUCGCCGCCGAGACGCGCAUCGUCGCCAUCUACACGCUGAACACGCCGACGGAGCAGACGCAGGACAUUGCAUACUCGCGCGACGGAGGUUACACCUUUACCAAGUACGAAGGCAACCCGGUCAUCUCGAUCAACAGCACGCAGUUCCGCGACCCGAAGGUCUUCUGGGACGCACAGGCGCAGCUCUGGGUCAUGGCUGUUGCGCACACGCAGUCCUGGGAGAUCGGCUUCUACACUUCUCCCGACCUCAAGACGUGGGAGGAGCGCAGUCGAUUCAGCAGCGGCCUGCGAGGCUACCAGUACGAGUGUCCGGACCUGAUUGAGGUCCCUGUGCAAGGAGGUCCUCACGACGGUCAGCGCGCCAAGGUCCUCGUCGUCAGCAUCAACCCCGGCGCGCCUCUGGGAGGCUCCGUGACGCAGUACUUCAUCGGCGACCUGAACAGCGGCAGCGAUGGCUUCGAGGACUUCACCUUCCGCACCAACGACACGGCGGUGCGCUUCACCUCGUUCGGCAAGGACGAGUACGCCGCGCAGAGCUUCUACAACUCCGGCGACGAGGGCGCCAUCUACCAGGCGUGGCUCGGCAACUGGCAGUAUGCGCAGGCUGUGCCCACCGCAAACGCCACGAGCGGCUGGCGCAGCGAGCAGAGCUUGCCGCGCCGUCUGCGCCUCGAGUGGGUGCAGCAGAAUCCGCAGACGUGGGCCUACGUGCUGGCGCAGGAGCCGCUGAGCUUCGGCUCGCUGGCCGGCACCGAUCUGGCGCCGUCCAACGUCUCCGGCAACACGACGGUAGCCCUCAACGGCACGGGCGCCUUCGAUGUUCGCGCCCUCUUCUCGCUGCCCGCAAACGCCACCGUCGAGCCGCGCGCCAACCUGCGUAUCCGCACGCAGGGCGAGGGAUUCCUCGACAUCGGUGCCGACUGGGCUGGCGACGGUGCCACCGUCUUCGUGGACCGGCGCAAGGCUGGCACAGAGUGGGCGGACACGAACCACUUCUUCACCGACCGCAUGUCGGCCAGCCUCAUGCCCGUGCCGCGCGUCGCCAACGACUCGUCUUCCGACAGCCUCAUCGAGGUGCGCGUCGUCAUCGACCGCAUCGUGAGCGAAGCCUACUACAACAAUGGCACGAGCGUCGCUGCCGUUCUGACCUUCUGGGACAACGACGAGGUGCCGUCAUUCGUCGACGUGACGACGAGUAGCUCGCAGCUCAAGCUCGAGAGCCUCAGCGUCGUUCCGAUCGCUAGCGGCUGGAAGUGCUGAGCGAGUCUGCAGUCUCUCGCACACGGGCAAGCACGGGUGAAUGCUACUUCUCAAUGUCGAUCGCCUCGUGGUAUACAGUGUGUCGCCCAUCUCUCACUCGGAGCUGCCCUCGCGGAACUCUCGCUUCACAGCCUCCAGACGCGCCUCGUACUCCUCCUCGCUGGGAAAGAGGCCACGUGCGCCGUAGCACGCCACGAGCUGCCACGG